UGUGACGUCAUAAGCCUGCGCCACGUCCACUCUGACAUUUUCAAUGACAGUUUACACAACUUUGUUUUACGUUUCUUUGAUAACGCGGGUGGUUAAAGCAUAAAGUGACUACCAUGCACGGAGCCGCGCGGACAGCUUUACAUGGCUGGUCUAACGCAGUCGGCCCUGCGAUGAUCCGCCAGUGUUUAAAACGCAGAGUGCCCCUGCAGCUAAGCUCACGCGCGUACAGUGUGGUCCCGACCCCGUGCGACAGUGAGGAGAAGGAGAUGUUGGACCGAAUCCUGCGCGUAGACCACGCUGGUGAAUACGGAGCCAACCGCAUUUACGCCGGCCAGAUGGCAGUGUUGGGCCGAUCUAGCGCCGGGCCUCUCAUCCAGGAAAUGUGGGAUCAAGAAAAGAAACACCUCAAUAAAUUCAAUGAAAUUCUGUCUGAGAACAGAGUUCGACCCACAGCGCUGUUACCCCUCUGGAACAUUGCUGGGUUUGCAUUAGGUGCAUCCACUGCACUGUUUGGAAAAGAGAUGGCCAUGGCCUGCACUGUGGCGGUGGAAGAGAGUAUUUCCGAACAUUACAACAGCCAGAUCAGAGCUCUGAUGGAGAGGGACCCCGAGCGAUACACCGAACUGUUACAAGUUAUAAAGGAAUUCAGAGAUGAUGAGCUGGAGCAUCAUGACACAGGACUGGAGCAUGAUGCAGAAUCAGUACCUGGAUACUGGUUACUAAAAAAUGCAAUACAGCUUGGCUGCAAAGCUGCAAUAUAUGCCUCUCAGCGGGUCUAACGUCGUGUUUAGAACAGUUAAGAAUUUUCACCGGUGGAUGUUUGAUAUGUGGACUCGAUUUGUAUAAAUGAUUUGAACUUCAAUGGAAGUUUCUGCUCCACUGUAAAUUAACAUUUAUCUUCGUACUAUUGCAAGAUGUAAAGGUUCUGUAUGCGACAUUCGGAGCAUUGAUAGCAGCAAACCAGUGUUUUCUCUGUAAAGAUAUAGUGGAGUAAUGGCGACCUGAGCAGAGAAUGACGUCACUCUACCUCUGCGUGAACUGUAAUUCGAGCUUCUCUGUGGUUUGUUGUGGUAAGCCGGUCCAGCCAUGCGUGCCUGUUAAUGCAUGGGUGUAUUCCUCUGGCUAGCUCAUUGCUUCCACUUUGCACUGUGGUCAGACAGCGGUUACCACUGAUUUUUGCUGACAGCUGCAUCGCAUAAGUGUAGCGCCUGGUUAACACUGUUAGCUCUGUCAGCACUGCUGCCAUUGUUUAGUGCUGUUCAUGGAUUUAGCACUGUUAGCUGCUAGCCGCCAGCUCAGCCACCUCCAUGUUGAGAAUCGUUUUCAGACAUCUCAUAUGCUUUUAAUUUCACACAGAGCUGCUUUAGUCUUGUAUACAAACAUUCACAGUUAUCUGCAUUAACCAAAAUUUUACUGCUUUGUACAGUGUAUAAUACAUGGACUAGGGAUAUCCCGUUCUGAUCUCAUAGAUUGGUAACAGGGCUGAUCAAGUAAUUUUUUUUAACCGAUCAGGAUCAGCCAGAUUAUUUAGCGCAGUCCGAUCCUUUGUUUUGUGUCAGCUGUCACACUGGUGCUUUUUUUUCAUGAAGCUUUAAUGCGCAGCGAUAAACAGCGGAACCGUCGUCAACUCUUCAGCUCUCUGCUGUCUGUUUGGCUGUCCACUCCGUGUGUGUGUUAAGAGCAGGGGCUGAACCCCUCUUGCAGUGAAACACCACACACCAUAAAGACAACAAAACACAGCACGAGACUGUUUUUCAACACAGACACUCACAACACCACUUGAAGUGCAACAAAAGACCUGCGAGCAAACUGCCAGUAAGAGUAAUUUAUGAAUUUAAUCUACACAAAAGAUGUACGGAUGGCGAAAAUAAAAACUCACUGGAAUACGAUUCAUUCCAUAUGGUCAUUGGUUUAUUCAGGUAACUCAGGGAAAAGCUGCACCAAAGCAACAAACACUGGAGAGUAGCCUACUCUCUUUAAGGGACAGAAAAAGUCCCUCAGGAUGCCGACAGGGCCAAAAAGAUAAAAUAAUUGGUUUGUUGAGUUAUACUUCAUUUUGUAAAAAAAGAGAGGCAUUUUUUUAAUGCAUUGCAGAGUCAUUCAGUUGUCAAGCAUAUACAUUGGAUUGAUUUUAGUCACUUAAGUGUACUUUAAGUGUGCACUGUGCAGCUGUGUUAACUAGGACAAUAUAAGUAUCAGAUCGGGACUCGGAAUCGGCAGAUACUACCUACUGAAUGACUUGGAAUCGGGCUAAAACACUUGAUCAGGACGUCCCUAUCAUGGACUGCUUUAAUCGGUGGAGGUAACCACUCCUGAUUUAAAUAGCAGAUCUCUACACUGUUGUAUCAGCGUAAAUCCUUUCUCACUUUUUUGUUGCAGUGCUACCCCUGAGAGGCAGCCUGUCUGAUAAAUGAUGCUGGUGCGAAAAUUGGUUAAAAGAAAAAAAAAAGACUUUUGCAUAAACAAAUAGGAGUUAACAGAAUAAAUACUCCAAUUAACAACUAUGUGAUCUUAUUAAUGCUUGUUUCUUUGAUAUCUGAGUAUUCUAUUUUCCUGACAGUGCAGCAGUUGACAAAAGACAACCAUCUUAGGCUUGCCGUUCACCAAAACGAAUACCUAAAAUACUGUAAUGAGGACAUAUUGUAACAAGCAUACACAGCCAUCAUACCCUUCAACAAACUCUCCUGUUUCACAUGUUAUAGUUCAUAUAUCAAGCUGAGCAAUGAGUUGUCAUCCUGGCCUAACUGCUAAGCGCCCUCACACAGCUGUUCUGGGACAUUGGGUCACUGAGAAAGAGGGAUUGACACGGGCUUGUCCAGGGGCCCCUAAUCUAUUAGGCCUUUCAGCAGGUUGAGCGAAGUGUUCAUUCCCCUCCUAGUCAAUAUCAGUUUGUCCUCACUGUACAUUGAGUACUGACCCAAGACCUCUUUACCCGUGGUUCAGCCUUUUCAUGCACCGGGGACAUGAUGAUGCCGUGAUUUAUGGGCAAUGGUGGGGGCUGAUAGGACUUAAAUGAAGUCCUUUGAUGGUAAUUUGUCUCUCUGCUCUAGCAAGCAAUAAGGUGGCUAAAUUGAAAACCUCUCACUAUAUAUGAACACAGGUGGGUGACAAAUGAAAGGAAAAACCAACAUAAUGUAUCAAAAGGUUGGGCCACCAUGAGCUGCCAGAACAGCUGCAAUCUACGAGUCUGUGGAAAUGGGGACGACAACAUUAUUCCAAAAAAUACUCCCGCAUUUGGUGAAAAUCUGGCGACUGCAAAGGCAACUGCAUAGUGAUUCAUUGGACACAUGGCACAUCAAUGAACACCACUGACCACUCGGUGAGUUUCAUGGCUUUGAAAAUGAACAUUUAGGGUGGUUUUAGGGACAGGUUCACACAUGGCCAUAGGCAGCAGUGUUAAGCCAGGCAGGGGAAAGCCAAAUUCUCCAAAAAGAAGUAAUUGUCACAAUUUUGGUCUUAACCACUCUAUUUCAUCAUAAACAAAUGGGGCUCAAAGUGCAAAAUACUGAACCUCUCCUUUAAUUCCCAAGAAAAAUGACUGAAAUGAAGAAAAAUGACUGCAGUAGUCUCGGGUCCCCAGCUCCAAUCAGUGGAUCCACUGCCAAGUGGCUGUGCUAAUUUCUGCCCUGUUUCCAGCAUGAUGCAAUAACAUGGCACAGCAAAAUACCAUCUACCUCUGUCUAAGCAGCUCUUGAACAUCAUGCAAAAUAAACACCAAGUGUAAAAUAAAGACUGAAUAAGGGA